AUGGAACGUACCUAUAUUAUGGUUAAGCCCGAUGGCGUUGAGCGUGGUUUAGUUGGAGAAGUUCUUAAACGUUUUGAAAACAAGGGGUACCAACUUGUGGCUCUUCAACUUCUUCCGACAUCCAGAGACCUCUUAAACCAACAUUAUUGCGACCUAAAAGACAAACCAUUCUUUCCCACACUCAUAAAUUACAUGUUGUCUGGACCCGUAGUUGGUAUGGUAUGGCAAGGGAAAGACGUUGUUAAAACUGGUCGUCGUCUCCUGGGUGAAACAGAUCCUUUGAAAUCUGUCCCUGGUACUAUCCGCGGUGAUUUUUGCAUCGAAGUGGGUAAAAAUCUCUGUCAUGGUUCUGAUUCAGUUGAAAGCGCCGAAAGAGAGAUAAAUCUUUGGUUCCCUAAUGGUGUUGUUUCGUGGGAAC